AUGUCAUCUGUUAACAUUACUGUGAAGUCCGACGACUCGAAAAUAUGCGUGGUCAUGGUGGGCCUCCCGGCCCGAGGCAAGAGUCUCAUCGCCGGCAAGGCCAUGCGCUAUCUGGGCUGGGUUGGUAUUCCUGCACGUGUCUUUAACGUUGGGAGUUAUCGCCGGUUCAACACACCGCAGCCACAGGCAACCUUCUUUGAUCCCCACAAUGAGGAGGGCGAGCGGAUGCGCCGAGCUGCCGCCGAGGCCGCCAUGUCUGACAUGAUUCAGUGGUUCAAUGCUGGUAAGGGCGUUGUGGCCAUCUUGGAUGCCACCAACUCCACCAAGGAGCGUCGCCAGUGGAUCUACAAGAACUGCCACGAGGCUGGUAUCGAGGCUCUCUUCGUGGAGUCAAUUUGCGAUGACGAAGACUUGAUCAUGACCAACAUAAAGGAGGUCAAGACGACUUCCCCCGACUACAAGGGUCAAGACCCUGAAGUCGCUGCUCUUGAUUUCCGCAACCGCAUUCGCAACUAUGAGAAGGUGUAUGAGACCAUCGAUGAUAACGAGAAGCAUUACACUUACGUCAAGCUUAUCAACGUGGGCUCCACGGUCAUCAUCAACCAGAUCAAGGACUAUCUGUCCAGCCGCCUCGUCUAUUACAUCCAGAAUCUUCACAUCAAGCCUCGUUCCAUCUGGCUGUCGCGGCACGGUGAAUCUGAGUUCAACCUGACCGGUAAGAUUGGAGGCGACUCUAACAUCUCCGAGCGGGGUGAGGCCUAUGCUCGCGCGCUCCCUGAGCUGAUGCGUAAGUCCGGCAUUCCCGAUAACACCAAGAUCGUGAUCUGGACCUCGACCUUGCGCCGCACUAUUCAGACCGCUCGUCACCUGAAGGCGGAGACCGGGUAUGAAAAGCUGGAGUGGAAGGCGUUGGAUGAGCUGGACUCGGGAGUCUGCGAUGGUCUGACUUACGAACAAAUCGCCGAGAAAUACCCGGAGGACUUUGCCGCUCGCGACGAGGACAAGUACAACUACCGCUACCGUGGCGGCGAGUCGUAUCGCGACGUCGUCAUCCGACUUGAACCCAUCAUCAUGGAACUGGAGCGCAGUGAGAACGUCAUCAUUGUCACUCACCAGGCUGUCCUCCGCUGCAUCUAUGCUUACUUCAUGAAUGUGCCUCAGGAGCAGAGUCCUUGGAUGGAGGUACCUUUGCAUACUCUCAUCAAACUCACUCCCCGCGCGUAUGGCACUGAGGAACAACGCUUCAAGGCUGAUAUCCCGGCGGUGUCGACCUGGCGUGGAAAGGGUACAUCGGCGAAGCACCAGGACUUCCCAGCAGAGGUUAAGAAGGAAGAGGGCACGGAAACCAAGCACUAG